GUCAACAAAAUGUGUCCUCAUUCUGCAGACAGUUCGAAACCAGGGGAUAAUCCUACAGUGAUCAGAUCUACACAAAUAAAUUCACGACAGAUCUGUUACUGAUUAUUCCUUGGUGGAAAUCCAGGAUUGGAAAAUGAACAAAAAGCUUUCCACACAGGAUAUGGUGAGCAGCAAUGUAGUACCAUUCGCCAUGCUUGUUGCGAACAUCGUAAUUGGGUCGGUGUACCUGAAUGACUGCCCUCGGCAGCCUUACAUUCCCAUCUACCUGAUAGUGCUGGGGGCCAUGGGCGUUGUCCCUGUCUUCUCCUCCUGCUGCUGCCUGAUCAGUACACCAGACUCUACAUCCUCCCUCAAGGUGCUCUGCAACAUCUGUAGUGGCUUGGUGUCCCUAUUCCUGUUAUGUUGGUUCAUCUGCGGAAACGUGUGGAUCUACUCCAUCUACCAGCCCAACUACAACAAGAACAUCCCCAACUACAACCAGACUCUGAUUAACAACCUGUACUGUAACAGGACACUGUACCUGUUUGCCUUCUGGUCCAACAUUCUGGCGUACUUGAUACUGUUGGGUUUGUGCGUGGUACUUUGUUGUGGUUGCUGCUGUGGGCUUGCGAUAAGCGCUUGCAUAGGAUGUAGUAAGGCGGAAAGUGUUCAGAUUGGCGAUAAAAGUAGUCCAGAAGAGGUCAUUAUGUAGAUGUAAUACCUAAAAACAACUCAAAAUGCAACUGUGUUGUCAUCGUGUAACCCAUGUUAAAAUGUGACAUAAGUAAGCUGCAUAAAUAAGUUUGGAAGUUAAAAGUGAUUCAUUUAAUGUAACGAUAAUUUAAUGUUUAAGAUUAAAAGUAUGCUGACAGAAAAUUCAUGUCGCUGCCCCUUUAAGGGACUAGUGACGCUAGACGCUGCACCUGAGUGACGCUGCAGCAGAGACCUGGGGGAGAGCAGAGGAAAAUCGGAGAGAGCGAGCGGUGGCUAAUAAGCAGGGUAAAGAGUAGUAAAGUUGAUCUUGCAGUUGAAAAACAUAACUUACCUGGUCGGGAACUGACAUGGAUUUUUAUGAGAACUAAGCCACACCGGCUUUUGUCAGUUUUUUUGCUCAGGUUGAAGCUCGAUCGGAGCAAGGAUUUGGUCUGCAGUGCGUGCACAUGCAUAGACGACAUUCCAGACAUUUCAACCUGCAAGUCAUUUAAGGGAGGUUCGUUCCG